AUGGAAAAUUGUAACUCGAUUUUUGACUGUCAAGUAGCCAGAGAUUUCAUAGUCUAUGCAGUAUCUGGUUUCAACACAAAUAUGGAUAAGCUUACGCAUGUAUUAUCUGAAACAGUUCUUAGAGCAAAAUUUACUGAGGAAGAGAUUGAAAUGGCAGCUAAAAGUAUUUCCUUUGAACUUGAAGCUUUGGAAAGAUCACCACCAGUUGAACCAAUUAUGAAUGAAUUAUUACAUGUGACUGCUUAUAAAAAUAACACACUUGGCUUGCCAAAAUAUUGUCCUAAACAGAAUUUAGAUAAAAUUAAUCGCGAAGAUAUCAUCAAAUUUGUUGCCAUUCAAUUCAAACCAGAAAACAUGGUGAUAGCUGGUGUCGGAAUUGAACAUGAUGCACUAGUAAAGUCUGUAGAGAAAUACUUUAUUCCAACAGUGCCUAAUGUAUCUUACGAAAAGGCGGCUAAUGAUCUGCCUUCACCUGUCACUACUGUCUCCGAAUAUACCGGUGGUUAUUACAAGUUAGAACGUGAUCUAUCACAAUAUCAUGCACCAAUGCCUGAAUAUGCUCAUGUUGGCAUCGGUUUUGAAUCAUGCAGUUAUACAGAUCCACAAUUUGUACCAGCAUGUGUACUUCAUUCAUUACUUGGUGGAGGUGGAUCUUUUUCAGCUGGUGGACCUGGCAAGGGUAUGUAUACUCGACUAUAUCUAAAUAUUUUAAAUCAACAUCACUGGGUAAACUCAGCACAGGCUGAAAAUCAUGCUUAUGCUGAUACAGGAUUAUUCACUAUUAUUGGCAGUUCAUUUCCAACUUAUCUAGAUCGUUUAGUCUAUACUUUGAUUAAUGAAUUGCACCAUACUAUAUCAUCUUCAAUAUCACAUGAAGAGUUGUCGAGAGCUAAACAUCAGUUGAAAUCUAUGCUUCUAAUGAAUUUAGAAACUCGUGCUGUUAGUUUUGAAGAUAUUGCCCGUCAGGUGCUUACAUCUGAUGUGAAACGUGAACCAGACUAUUGGGUUGACCAAAUAGACAAAGUAACAGAAAAUGAUCUUCAUGAACUUCUUCAUCGUAUGAUUUAUCGAUGUAAACCAACAUUAGUCGGUUUUGGAAAAGUUGACAAGUUACCAUCAUUAGAAGAUACUGUUUCUCUAUUAAAUAAUGAAUCAUAUAAAGAUAAGAAAUUAAAGACAAAAUAUAAAAUGUCUACCUAUCCAAACAAGGUAGUAGAAAAAGAAGAAGAAGAAGAAGAAGAAGAAGAAGAAAUACAUUGUUUUGUAUCAGAUGGGGUUUUGUGGAGUUACCGAAAUAAGAUGGGACUAAAAAUGUUAAUUCCAACAGAGAAUGUCUUGUUGUUGUACAAUGGGGAAAAUUCAACUAAUCACUAA